UAUUGGGAUGAGUUGUCUUUAGAUUAAGUUAUCUGUAUACCUAUGUGACGUACCGGAAAUGAUCUAAUAGUUUAAAAAAGUAACUCUUUCUUCUUGUCCGGUUUCUGCAAGACACUGUUGUCCAAAGAAGUUUUCAGAAAUUAAUCUUGAGGUAUAUUCUGAAGCAACACAGAAGAAUAAAUGUAGAUACCAAAGACAUUUUUUAAGAAUCAUACAAAAUAAAAUAAAAAUUCAUAAGGAGAAAAACCUUAUAAAUGCGAUGUUUGUAGUAAAUCGUUGUCAUCCACAGACACAGAAUUGUCAUCCACAGACACAGAAUUGUCAGCUACAGACACACAUGGGAACUCGUACAGGAAAAAAACCUUUUAGAUGUGAUGUUUGUAGUAAAUCAUUUGCUCACUUUAGUAGUCAACAGAGACAUAUGAGAAUUCAUACGGGAGAACAACCUUACAGUUGUGAUGUUUGUAGUAAAUCAUUUAACGUCGAUAGUCAUCUACAGACACACAUGAGAAUUCAUACUGGUGAAAAACCUUAUAAGUGUGAUGUUUGUAGUAAAUCAUUUACCAAUAAAAAUGAUCUACAUAGACACAUCAGAUCUCAUACGGGUGAAAAACCUUACAGUUGUGAUGUUUGUGGUAAAUCAUUUACUGUCAGUGGUCAUCUACAGAUACAUAUGAGAAUUCAUACCGGAGCUAAGCCUUAUAAAUGUGCUGUUUGUAGUAAAUCAUUUACUAACAGCAGUAGUGUACAGAGACAUAUCAGAACUCAUACGGGCGAAAAACCUUACAGUUGUGAUGUUUGUAGGAAAUCAUUUUCUGACAGUGGUCAUCUUCAGAUACACAUUAGAACGCAUACCGGGGAAAAGCCAUUUAGAUGUGAUGUUUGCAGGAAAUCAUUUUCUCAGAUUAGUAGUCAACAGAGACAUAUGAGAAUUCAUACUGGUGAAAGGCCUUAUAAAUGCGAUGUUUGUAUUAUAUCAUUUACCAAUAAUAACGAUCUACAUAGACACAUCAGAUCUCAUACUGGCGAAAAACCCUACAGUUGUAAUGUUUGUAGUAAAUCAUUUACCAAUAAUAGUAAUCUACAGAGACAUAUCAGAAUACAUACUGGCGAAAAACCUUACAGUUGUGAUGUUUGUGGUAAAUCAUUUACUGUCAAUAGUCAUCUACAGACACAUAUGAGAAUUCAUACCGGUGAGAAGCCUUAUAAAUGUGAUGUUUGUAGUAAAUCGUUCACCGAUAGCAGUAGUCUACAGCGACAUAUCAGAACUCAUAGUGGCGAAAAACCCUUCAGUUGUGAUGUUUGUUGUAAAUCAUUUACUCUUAGCCUAAGUUUACAGAGACACAUGUCAAUGCAUACUGGUGAAAGGCCAUUUAAAUGUGAUGUUUGUAGUAAAUCAUUUACUCGUAGAUAUAUUUUACAGAGACAUCAGAGAUGGCAUACUCGAGAAAAAAAACUCACAGAGGGAUAGGAGCGCUUGAACGGAAUCUGAAAUUGAAGGAGGAAAACAACAGAAUAUAUCAUGCCAGCUUGUAGAUCCUGACAAGUUCUGCUAUUUGGCGAUCCUCUCUUCCCAUCCCCACAUUUAAUUUAUAGUAAGCGACGAUACGGACAGGGUGUCGGUAACCUUACAAUAUCGAAGUCUUCCCCGAUUGUUGGAAAUUUGCACAUAUCAAACCAAUUUUUAGAUCAUACUAAUAACGUUAUAUAUAUAUGCACCAGUCGGGGUUUCGACAAAAUGAUUGUGCUGGUUACCAACUCACUGAUAUGUAUAACCAUGUUUCUUCCUUUUGAGACAAAGGGCAUUAGGUAAAAGCUAUAUUUUUUGAUAUAAAGGGCAUUUGAUAGGGUAUGGCAUCAUGGCUUGAUACACAAACUAAACUCCCUUGGAAAUAGAAAUGGUGUUUUAGAUCUCCUCAAAAGUUAUUUAUCCAGUAGAAAGCAAUCAGUUAUUAUUAAUAAUGGUUCUGCAGCUUUUAAAAUAUAUAUUUUGGCAUACCCCAGGGGUCCGUACUGGGACCGCUCCUUUUUCUAUUUUUUAUUAAUGAUAUUACAACUGAAGUUAGCUUCCGAUUAAGAUUAUUCGCAGAUGAUACCUCGUUAUAUUUGGUCAUAGAUAAUCCCCCUGACACCCUUAAUACUUUGAAUAAUGAUCAAAAAAAAAUUCAUGAUUGGUCAGAAAAGUGGAAGGUCGAAUUCAACCCAGACAAAACUAUCAGUCUUGUAUUUAGAAGAAAAAAACAACCCAACUUCGCUUGUUGCUUCUUUUGACGAUAUCCCAUUAUAUGAUGCAAAUACUCAUAAACAUUUAGGUGUUAUUUUUAACAAACACUGUAAAUUGGACAAUCACAUGGAUUUUUUAAUUAGUAAAACCUCAAUCAUGGUCAACUGCCUGAGAGGUUUAAAAUAAGACUAUCAAGUAAAUCAUUAAAUAUUUUGUAUAAUUCUUUUAUUUUUUCCAUAUUUGAUUAUGCUGAUAUAGUCUGGAAUAACACACUGUAACCUGGAUAUCAUUUAAGCUUGUGUAUUUAGCACUAAUUUCUUUAACAUUCGUUUAAUAUCAAAUCUUUGUUUAAAAAUUCAUAAAAAUCAUCUAAUUUGUAUGUGUGUCCAGUUUGAAGCUGACUGAUUAGUAUUAAUAAUAAGUGUUCAAUUUACAAGUAUUUAAUUUCCUGACAAUUUUUGUUUAUAUUUUAACAGUGAUCGAGAAAAUAAAUGUUUGUAGAUUGGACACUCAUUAUCAAAAUUAAUCAGCUUUAAACUGGACACAAGUACAAAUUAGAUGAUUUUAAAUAUAUUUACGAAUAUUCCAACAAGGAUUUGAUAUUGAAUGAAUGUGAAAGAAAUAAGGACCAAAUACACAAGAUUAAUAGUGAUACUACCAAAAUAAAUUCACAAAAGUUUAAAAAAAAAACAACUCCACCUAGAUAACUGGCCUGCUCCUUGGAACCUCCCAUACUACACUUUACACCGAAUCUGGCUGUGAUCUUGAUCUUAAAACCACUGAACACUUUUUACUCUACUAUCCAAACUACACACUCCAGCGAAAUUAUACCAUUCAUUUAUUACCGAUGUAUUUUAGGAAUAUUACUUGCCUACCGGUACUCUAUGGUAAUGCCGAACUAUCUCCUGUGGUCAACUGUUUACAAAUAUGUUAAAUAUACAAAACGUUUUACUCCUUAAAAUACAUAAAAUACUGUAAUUAGUCUUUGUCUAUAUCAUAUAUUAUUGAAAUUGUAUAUUUAUUAUACGCCCAGAAGCAAGCCAAUUAAUAUAAGCCUACUUGGCUUGCUUUUGUACUCUAUUUUUUAUGCCUUUAUAUUGUAUAAUAUUCUCGAAAUAAAUACUGUUUAAACCAAGACAA